AAUGGCCACGGAGGCGAAAGGAUUUGGCUUUGCUGCUUUUUUUUUUUCUUUCUUUCUUUUUCCCCUUCGGCUUCUCGUCGGAUUGCCAGCCAUGGUGGUGAACAACUUCACGGGCCCCGGGAUUGGGCUGGGGUUCGGCAUCGGGUGCGGGUUCGGCGUCGGAUGGGGGUUCGGAGGAAUGCCUCUGAAUAUGUUUGGCUUGGGCAUCGGUGGGGGAUGUGGAGUUGGUCUUGGGCUAGGGUGGGGCUUCGGCAAAGCGUAUGGUUGUCAGUAUCGCUCGUCUAGAGUCCAGUUUCAGGGCAUUGAGUUUCAGAAGAAGACCGAAGGAGAUGAAGCAUCAAGCCUUGUUUCUCCAGAGCGUGUUGAAAAAUCUCGUCCUUAUGGAUAGUAUGGUUGUGCCUUAUAAUUCACAUAUGCUAUGUUACCUUCCUUCCCUCAAUUGUGCCUUAGUUGCAUACCUGCAUGUUUCUUCGGUAACAUUUGAUGCUUAUGCUCAGCUUUGUCAUUUUUGUUGUAAUCAGAAUGAUGUUAAUGGACAGGAUUGUUAUCUAUGUUGUCAACUUAUGUUCUCUGGAUUCAAUGCACUUUGCCAGUAUUUGGUUGUUA